GACCACAGCAACCGGGUGGGUACAGUAGAUUGGUGACCACAGCAACAGGGUGGGUACAGUAGAUUAGUGAGUACAGUAGAUUAGUGACCACAGCAACCGGGUGGGUACAGUAGAUUGGUGACCACAGCAACAGGGUGGGUACAGUAGAUUAGUGACCACAGCAACCGGAUGCACUGUUCAGGGAUGCUCUGGCACCCUGAGGUGGCCACCCAGUUGGUCCUGGCCUCAGAAGAUGACCGCAUGCCAGUCAUUCAGAUGUGGGACCUGCGCUUUGCCACGUCCCCUCUCAAAGUCCUGGAGAACCACACAAGGGGACUUCUGUCCAUAGCGUGGAGCCAAGCAGACCCAGAGCUGUUGCUCAGUAGUGCUAAAGACAACAGGAUCCUCUGCUGGAACCCAAACACUGGAGAGGUACCUGCUUUUCUGCUCUGUUCUAAAGACCUCAUGGUGUCAUGUGGUGCAUAUGGCCUCCCAUCACAAAGCCCCCGCCAUCUUUCCCUGCCCUGGGCUUCUUCAGAUGCCUCUGUUGUCUAGGUCAUCUGUUUCUACAAUCUCUCUCCCGUCUCUCUAGGUCAUCUGUUUCUACAAUCUCUCUCUCUCUCCCGUCUCUCUAGGUGAUCUGUUUCUACAAUCUCUCUCUCUCUCCCGUCUCUCUAGGUCAUCUGUUUCUACAAUCUCUCUCUCUCCCGUCUCUCUAGGUGAUCUGUUUCUACAAUCUCUCUCUCUCUCCCGUCUCUCUAGGUGAUCUGUUUCUACAAUCUCUCUCUCUCUCCCGUCUCUCUAGGUG